GCGUUUCGGCAAAGCAUUUGUUUUCAUGUCUUUUGUGCUAAAUGCACGUGAAGUAAUCUAACGAGGUAAACAGACUAGAUUUGCUUCGGUUCCAUAAUAAGGACUAGAGGUAAGAAAUGUCUUUGGCUUAUUGCCAGAAGUUGUCAUUAAAGUAUUAUGGCCGAGCGCUUUCCAAUGUCAAGUCGUGCACGAAUAUCAAAACUAAUCAGAGGCGUUACAACAACCGUAGCACUGAUAACUCUCCCAGGAGGGUGGUCAUCACUGGAAUAGGACUCGUGUCUCCCCUUGGAACCGGAACAUCUCUACCCUGGCAGCGUCUGAUUGACGGAGAGAGUGGAAUAGUAGCACUAGACUCUGAGGAAUACAAAGUGACUCCAUGUAAGGUUGCUGCGCGGGUUCCCAGAGGUGAUGGCAAAGGGGAGUUUAAGGAAGAAGCGUUUGCUUCACGAGGGGAAAUCAACAGCAUGUCCCCUGCCACCGUCAUGGCGCUUGGUGCUGCCCAGCUAGCACUGGAGGACUGUGGGUGGUAUCCCAAAAGCCCUGAGGAACAGUGGAACACGGGCGUGGCUGUAGGCAUGGGCAUGGUGUCCCUGGAGGAAAUCGCCCGCACUGCCACAGCUUUCCAGGAGCGGGGCUACAGCAAGGUGAGCCCUUUCUUUGUCCCUCGUAUCUUGGUCAACAUGGCUGCCGGGCACAUCAGCAUCAAGCACAAGCUGAAGGGCCCCAACCACGCUGCGUCCACCGCCUGCACCACUGGGGCACACGCCAUCGGCGAUGCUGCCCGCUUCAUCGCCCAUGGAGACGCCGUGGCAAUGGUCGCCGGUGGCACAGAGGCAUGCAUCAGCCCUCUGUCCAUAGCGGGAUUUGCGCGGGCUCGGGCCCUCAGCACCAGCUGGAACCAGCAGCCCAGGCUGGCUUCUCGCCCCUUCCACCCAGAGAGAGAGGGAUUCGUGAUGGGUGAGGGGGCAGCAGUGGUCGUUCUGGAGAAGUACAGCCAUGCCAUAGAGAGAGGAGCCCGUGUCUAUGCUGAAGUGCUUGGCUAUGGUCUCUCAGGGGAUGCCAGCCACAUCACUGCACCCACUGCAGAUGGAGAUGGGGCUUUCAGGUGCAUGUCAGCUGCUCUCCGCAAUGCUGAUAUAUCACCCUCAGAUGUGACUUACAUAAAUGCCCAUGCCACCUCUACGCCACUAGGGGAUGCUGCAGAGAAUGCUGCAAUAAAGAGGCUCUUCCAGCAGCACACCCAAUCACUUGCUGUUUCCUCCACCAAAGGGGCAACAGGGCAUCUUCUCGGAGCUGCAGGUGCUUUGGAGGCAGCCUUCACUGCACUGGCCUGCUACUAUGGAACCCUACCCCCAACUUUGAAUCUGGACCGGACUGAGCUGGACUUUGACCUAAACUAUGUACCCUGUGCUGCCCAGACCUGGAGCACGCAGGGCAGGCGAAUUGCCCUCACAAACUCUUUUGGGUUUGGUGGAACGAAUGCCUCUCUGUGUCUGGGCAGCAUAUAAGAUGAUGAUGAUGAUGAUGAUGAUGGGGGGGGGGUGAUUUGGUAUUUUUCACUUAAACAGAUCAGAUGUUUAUGAUUUAAUUAAUUCUGUUGAGUGAGUUGGCUUAAAUUGCAGCUCAGUGUUCAUUGGAUAACUAACUGGACUGAUAUUUCUCAUGCUGGUAACAUAAGUGUGUAAUUGUUAUGCCCUUGUUAAUCAUUGGUUUACUUACUGGAAGUGAUGAUACUGUUUUACAUUGAAUGUGCGGGUAAUACAUAUUUGAAAAAGGCCUUGUAACAGAGUACACUGAUAGAUUUCACAUAUGGCCAUUUAUCCUUGUUGACAGUGCAAAUCCAUAAAAAUCAAGAUGGGUUAUUCCAAA